UUGCGAAUUUGUGCCACCCAAAGAGUGAGUGGAUCACUUGUUGGGAACGUGCUCACUCGAAAGUACUGAAUCAAAUCUAUCUACAACAACUUACGUAUAGUAGCUGAAUCUGGUGCGCAGGUUCCAUUGUAUGUAGUGCAGUCUGGUGUGAAUCGAGAUAUGAUAGGACUGUGGUCUGCGUGAGGGACUUUGGGCCACCAACAAGAGAUACGCCACCAUAAUACGACCGACGACAACGUAUCAAGCAAUAAGAAUGAAUAAUUGACAUGAUACUCUGCUGGUGGAUCAGACGUCUCUGUGAGCACCGUUUAUAUAUAAAAAGGUGAAACUAAUCAACGCUUUCCUUCACUCGUUAUCAGCUGGUGCCCGGUCGUGGAGUGUAAAAUUUUUUCGAGAAGCGCAAUUUCAGACAGAUGGGAAACUGAAGAACAAAAUCGUUGCGGCGAAUAGGUAUAGAAUUCGGCGCGUCGUAAUUCGUCAAGAGUGUCGAGUAGGCUGUGAUAUGAUCGAAAGCUAGUAGCCAGUGCACAAGUGCAAUCCGUAGUUAUCCGUAUCGUAGAAAACGUAGUUUGUGAAAAAACGUCCAAUAACCAAUCACAUAUAAGAAAAAAACCAAAAAAUAAAAAUCUUCCAACAAAAUGGAUGUAGUCUACACUUCAGACAGUUGCGACAGCGAUUCCCGGGAGCAGAAAAUCGUCGACUUCGGCCAUGCCAACAAGCGACACCUGGACGACGAUCUGCUGGAAAUGUGCAAAACGAAGAAACUCUCCGACGACGUCGAAACGGUGCUGCUGAACCACAACAAUCUCUCAACGGUGCCAACGUCGAUCGUCGAAUUCAUCAACCUACGGGUGCUGGAUCUGAGCAACAACAAUCUGUACAGCAUACCGGACGCGAUCACCCAGCAGUGCCAGCUGACGACGCUGAUCGUCAAAAAUAACCGGCUGGAUAAUGGGUCCCUGCCCAAGAGUCUCCGAUCGGCCCAGGGCAGUGGACUGCGGGAGCUGAAUCUGAGCGGCAACCGGUUCACCCACUUCCCGGAGCAGAUCACCGAACUCAAGACGCUCAAGUAUUUGUAUCUGGGAGGCAAUCAGAUCACCAACGUGUCCAAGGAUAUCUGGAAAUUGGUCAACCUGCAGUUGCUCUCGCUCGGUGGAAACUUGAUCGCCGAAAUCCCGGACACCGUCGGACUGCUGAAUAACCUCCACGCUCUCGUACUCUGUGAUAACCAGAUCGAAGUGCUGCCGAGUUCGAUUGCCCGUCUGAUCCACCUCAAGUCGCUGCUGCUGCACAAAAACCGUCUCAAGCACCUGCCGCGGGAGAUUAUCACCCUGAAGAACUUGACCGAGCUCAGUCUCCGUGACAAUCCGCUGGUGGUGCGCUUCGUCAAUGAUAUGACGCUGAACCCGCCGAGUCUGCUGGAGCUGGCUGGCCGGGCCAUCAAAACCAGUUCUGUGCCCUUUGGGCCCGGAGAGCUGCCGCGCACCCUGAUCGAGUAUCUCAAGACGGCCAACUGUUGCGUCAAUCCCGAUUGCAAAGGAGUCUUCUUCGACAAUCACGUGGAGCAUAUCAAGUUUGUGGACUUUUGCGGAAAGUAUCGCAUUCCACUGAUGCAAUAUCUGUGUUCCUCCAAAUGUAUUGAAACUUCUGCGGAUGUGCACGGUGAGCCGAGCAGCAGCAUGAUGCGAAAGGUUCUCCUCGGUUAGUAGCAGCAUUUCAUCGUCUUGGGGGUUUGAGGCCGACGAACCCGUAGCGUGCCACUCUCAGGUGCAGAAUUGUUACUACACAUUGUUAUCGAUUUCCUCCUUCUGAAACAAAUGAUUUUCCAUCAAGAAUCGUGUUGUAUCAUUUAACUAUCUACAAUCGUACAAAAAAGUAAGAUUGGUUUCUAGAUUUGUUUCUUUUAAAAAGGAAAACUUUCCUUUGAAUAAACUUCUACCCACUACAUAAUACAGGUUAUACUUGCAGACUAAUUAAUUGUUAGAGAAUUGAUCAGAAAGCGAAUUAUUGUGUGUUAAAACAAAGUUGGAAAGCAAAGCGUCCGUAUCUAUACCUAGGUAAAUAAUUGUUAUUCGUAUUGUCAAUGAGAAGAAGAAAAAAUAUAAACACACAUGUUAAAUAUUGUGAUCUGCUCCUAGAGCUCUUAUAGUCGAACCAGGAUAUAAAUUCUGUGCUGCUGGGAGUUGUGACAUAGUCAUUCGAGCAACAAAAAAAAAGGAAACCGAACAAAUUUGAGUUGAUUUUAACAUUAAACAAACAAAGAAACAUAUUCUGCAGAGUAA